UCAUUAAAAUUGAUGAACUUUUUCAUCUAUAUAAUUCUUUUCAGAAACUUGAAACCGCCUCUGCCGAGAGAGAGAGAGAGAGAGAGGAGGAGGAGAGCCGAAGCCCGAAGGAUUCGCGAAUUCCUUUUCAGUCCUACAGUUACUUCGUCAUGGAUUCAGAGGAAGCAGAGUAUGCUGCAUUCGAGGAGAAGGUUAGGAGGAAUGUUUACAUUGACAACCUCUCACCUCAGGUCACUGAAGCUGUGCUGAGAACAGCACUCAAUCAAUUUGGGAAUGUUGAGAAAGUUCAGUUCAUUCCAAAUUACACAGAGCCAAGGAACAUACCAUGUUGUGCUUUGGUGGAGAUGGAAAAUUCAAAGCAGGCCAAACAAAUUGUGUCGGAGAUGGGUAAUUUCCCAUUCAUGAUGUCUGGGAUGCCAAGGCCUGUCCGGGCUCGUGCUGCUGAAAUGGAGAUGUUUGAUGACCACCCAAGAAAGCCUGGGAGGAAGAUAAAAUUCCAUUGGUUGGACCCACAAGACCCUGAUUUUAAAGUGGCGAAGGAACUUAAGCUUCUGACCAGGAAACAUGCAGCAGAAUCUUCAUUUGCGCUCAAGGUUCAACUAGCACAGGAAGAGAAGCUUGCUAACAAACAGGCGGAGACUCUGAAGGCGAAUUAUGAGAAGUACGAGCUGAUAGAGGGUGUUCUAAAUGAUGGAAGUGCAAAUCGCUUGGCACGCCAUUAUAACAUGAAAUCAUUGUGAGUUCUUGACUGGUUUCCUGAUAAGUUUUUAUCAGUUUGGACUAAGAAACAGUAAACUUGUGUUGUUUAGUCAGUUCUGACAUGGUUAAUGGUUUAGUUAAUUACCUAGUUUGCUUUUGUUCUUUGUCUAGUUCUUGAUUAGAGUUAGUUUUCUGUAGUUAAGACAGUUGGGUUGUUUUGAAAGGCGAGUGUACAGCAAUGGUGGUGGAAGGUUGUUGAAACUCUUUUCUAGAAGACUUGAAUGGAAGCUAUUUUCUAUCAUUGCAUGUUGA